UUUGGUUAACUCGAGUUGGGAAGCGGGCUUAAACCGGUUUUACACACCGACGUAAAAUCGCUUACACGAUUAUUACAUUUUCCGCGCAAGUGUAAAGCCGUCAUAAAUGUGACUUUAAGAAAUUCAGUCAUUUGAAACUGUUUGAAACGUAUCACCUGAUGUCAUCGGUGAUUAUCGAUGUGUGACUUACAAUGCAUAUAUAACACACAUAUAUACAUGAGAAAAUAACGGAAUAUUCUAGCCAGUUAAUUGGAAUGAAUGUCACUGGAGAAUAGAAGCAGGAAGCACAAGGUAGCACCAUGAUUCAGAGCUUUGUAUUUUUUGACUUGGAGACAACGGGCCUAAUUCGGGGAACAAAUAUGCCCAGAAUUACUGAAAUAGCCCUCAUCGCGGUGUCUCGGAAGUCUCUGUGCGAAAGCAAGGAAAUGCCGCCAAGAGUAACGCACAAACUUGUUAUACCAAUCAAUCCGAUUAUCAGAAUCCCUCCAGAGGUUUCAGUUUUAACAGGUAUAUUUAACGAUAAUUUAGAUAACGUAGCUCCUUUCAAGAACAAUACUUAUGAACUUAUGAUACAAUUUAUUCAAACGCUUUCCCCUCCUGUCUGCAUGGUUGCUCAUAAUGGGAAUCAGUUCGAUUACCCAAUUCUUUUGCACGAGUUACAAAGUAUUGGAAAGGAAAUACCUGAAGGAGUUUUAGCGAUUGACAGUCUUAAUGCAUUUAAACAUUAUUUCAAUAAAAGUAGUUCAGAACCGAAUGUUUCAUCAAAAUGUACGGACAAUUCCAGUGCUUUUCUAGAAGCACCAAAUAGUGAGGAUUUUAAGUUUUUAUUAAAUGACGGGUUAGACGAAAUGCUUUCUUUUGUGCUGGAUCAGACUGUUGCUAUUGUUGAAAAUGUAGAUCCAUGUGAAAGUAACGCAAUUAAAUCGAGUACAUCCGAGAUUAUUCCUGUAAAAGAAAUGGAAUCUGUGAGCCUUAAAAUUAAUGGCACGGAGAUACCACAAAAGAAAGCAAAUGAACUCUCAAUCCAAGAAAUUAACGAACGUACACCUGUACAGCAAAUUGUAAAAGCAGAUGGCAUCAAAGUGCCAAGAAAAGUAAUGGGAAGGGUAAACGUUGCAAGAAAACGGUUACACUUCCCUGCAACAAGCAAUCGACCGGCUAACUUUAAGUUAAGUACAAUAUAUGAACAUUUUAUAGGCUCCACAUCAAAAAGGCAACAUACAGCAGAAGGGGACUGUCUAAGCAUGUUAAAGUGCAUUGGUAAAUUUGCAAGUACCUUUGCACAUUGGGCUGACAUGAAUGCAGUUCCACUCGCAAUAUAUAGCAAAAAGAACUAAUCCCAAAAGAAUUUGAAUGAACAAUACUUAACUAAAUGUUAAUAUUUUCGCAAGUGAAUACGCUUUAAAACUAACAAAAAUGUGAAGAGUCUAAACUACAUAUCUAGUGCCUUCUAAUCAAUCAGCAUGACUAAAUUGAUUUAGUCGGUGUAUAAAGGAUACAUAACAAAGUUAUUGAAAUUAACAAUAAUGAUGCGUUUAUUUUUUUAUGUUUAUUCUGUAUGGACCUUAAAAAAGUUCAAAAUUUUGUAAAGUAUUCUUUAUGUACAACAAUUAUACUGUCAUUAUUUUCUAUUUAAUUCAGUUAAUUUGGACCUACUUUGUUAAUUUUGCAAAUCAAUUAUAUUUGUUUGAAGUGUAAUGUUUUUAUGGCAAGUUCUUUAGCAUUGUAUCCUUUGAAUGAUGUGAUGUACGUGAUACUUUUUCUAUUUCUUCAAAUUGUCAAUCUUUAUAUUGCGAACAUUUCUUUUCAACAACUGAAUGUCGUUCUCAGCCUCUUUUAAACUUUAGAUGUCCUUUUUUGUGUUUUUAAUUUAUUUAUAAAUUAAUUAAUGUGCUAAAUGAGUUUUGAUCGAUGAAGUCUUUUGUGGACUGUUUUCAGUGAAACCAUUCCUUCGUACUUGGUUCAUAACUCAUUGAUAUAUUACAUUAGAAGUAAUUUAUUCAAAGAAGAAAUUGUAUUUAAUUUAUCAAUUUCAAUCACCCAUUUACUGAUAUUUUCAGUGUUGGAGACAAAACAUUUCUAAGCAUAUUAACUUUCCUACAAAGUUUCUUUCUUCAUUCCUUUGAUUCCAUUAGAAAAAAUGUGUUAAUACAAGUUUGUUACAAAAAUGUUAAAUAGUAGUAAAAUUUAAAUUGAAAGCAAAACUGUCUUAUUUUUUAUCAGAGAUAUAGCAUUGCUUCAAUUCUUUAAUCUUUUACCGUGAUUUUUAACGAUAACUAGUGAUCAAAGAACUAGUGAUUAAAUCGUGCAACUUUAUACUGAGUAAAAUAUGUUACGUUGAGUACAUAAAAGAAAAUAUGUCAUACUUAUUCUAGUCUGUAGUUUUUUGAAAAUGUAGGUCGUAAAGGAUUAAUGUUUAUGUAUAGUAAUUGGCAAUGCGCUUCCUGUUUUGGACGUAAGGAGUAGAUGUAAAGAGUCUGGGUGAAAAUGCGAUUGAAAAUGGAAUAAGAAAGUCCACUAUUGUGAUAGAUUGAAUAAAAAGUUUUGCACUUAUAA